AUGCAAAGCGGUGCGCUCAUUCAACAUGGCGCUUUUCAAGAGCUUCAAAAUAUGACUGCUCUUCCGAGAAUUAAAGUCUUUCAGAAAGGGUCCAGAGUAAGGCCAAGUUUGCCCAGUAUACGACAACUGCUUCGUGACAUCAAUUUGCGCAGCAGCGAAAAUAAUUGCCCAGCCCACACCAAUAGUAAAGCACCCAUUCAGGCCCAUGUGUAUUCCUCGGUAAGCCCAGCUGAGACGAAUUCAUCCAAAAAAUUUACAAGACUGUCUCACAACAACGAUGAUCAUUAUUCUGCGGCAGUUUCUGGGGCGCCGGGGUCUCUCACCGCUACUCAGCACGUCGGUAAAGUCAGUUCUGAAAACCAAGCUCAGUUUGUACCACUCCAGCCAAACAGGUUGGCGCCUUGCCCGCCAGUGUUUCCCAGUAAAGCAAACAGACCAAGCGGGGAACUUUUGAAGCUAGCUUACAUUGUAGAAUCUUCUUCCCCUGACGCUAGCAAAAAUACCAACGACAGUAUCACACAGCUCAACAAGGAUUACCAACUGAAGAUCGCGGAAACGUUGGAUAGUCUUCAAACACUCUAUCGCCAUAUGCAAGAAUGGCCGUUGUCAUUGCACACUCAAGACAUGGAAGAUCAUGAUGAAUUCGCUCUUUUAAUUGAUUAUGUUUCGUCCGAUAGCCUUCAGCUAACUAUCAAAAUGGCAAGACGUGCUUUCGAGUCCCUGAAAUCAAUCGAGCAGUGGAAGUCAAAAUACAAAAAGCUGCAUCCCAGUAUUCCUGCGAGCCGACCCGGGAAGGUAAUCAAGAGGGAUAACUCGCCACGCAUGAAAGACAUCGCAAAAAGGAAAAGACGCCAAUUUGAAUUUUUAAAAUCAAGAAAAAUGGAUAGUAGAAAACCCUUAGUUAGUGCCGGAUCUGAGCCCAGUGAGGCGGUGAAGAAUACUUCUCAAGGCAAAUCAAGGGCUUCUCUCGAACCAGCAGACAGCUCAUCUUCUGAAGGACUGCAAUGCGCUCAUUGUUCAACCACCACGACACCCGAAUGGAGGAAAGGACCCUAUGGAAAAAGAAGCCUAUGCAACGCAUGCGGGUUAUUUUAUAAAAAAUUGAUCAGAAAGUUCGGGGACAGCCAAGGUGGUAGAAUCAUGAAAUACAGAAAGGGAAUUUUGAGUAAUGAUCGCAAAGUUCCAAGGGUUUUCGAUGUUCCAGAUUCUUAUUAG